ACCGUGAACGACGGUGGCUACAAUCAGAUCAGUUGUUCUUAUUGCAGGCUGCAGGCACAUUCAAGCUUGUCGAAGUCCAAUGCCCUAGUCGAAGACAAACAGAGCUUCAAGCAGAAAAAGGCUCGGAUACGUGCCGCCACACGCACACUUAUCAUUCUUGUGUGCACAUAUUUGAUGAGUAACCUGCUUUCGGUUAUCAUCACAAUCUGGGAGUACCUCGAUGCGGCAAGCCUUUUUCAAAAAUAUCUUCCUUUCUAUGUGCUCUCAGUGGCAGUGCUCUCACUUCUUACUGUUAUCGCCUCCUGUCUCAGGCUCCCCAUCUACAUCACCUGCCAGCCAUUGUUGAGAAAAGAGAUGUACCAAUUUUUGUGUAAGUUUUGUUUUUAUCUUGACGGAAGCUCAGCUUUGGACUCGCAAGAUGAUGUCACGACGAAUGACACUGAUCGAGAACUCUCAGAUGACUGCUGA